AUGUUUCGAAGUUUAUCUACAUUACGUGUAGUUAAUUGUAGUUUGAAUCAAAUACGUUUAGUAGCUGCAGCAACAGCAAAUACAUUAAAAGUUAAAGAUGAAGUUAAACGUGUACGAGAAUUAGCAUUACUUGGUGGAGGAAAGAAACGUAUAGAUGCACAACAUAAAAAAGGAAAAUUAACGGCACGUGAAAGAAUUGAAGUUUUACUUGAUCCAAAUUCAUUUCGAGAAUAUGAUAUGUUUGUACAACAUCGUUGUUCAGAUUUUGGUAUGAAUAAAGAAAAAUAUUAUGGUGAUUCAGUUAUAACCGGUUCUGGUCUUAUUAGUGGACGUCCUGUUUAUGUAUUUUCACAAGAUUUUACUGUUUUUGGUGGUAGUUUAUCAAGUGUUCAUGCAGCUAAAGUAUGUAAAAUAAUGGAUCAAGCUAUGCUUGUUGGAGCGCCAGUUAUUGGUUUAAAUGAUAGUGGUGGUGCACGUAUUCAAGAAGGUGUUGAAUCACUUGCUGGUUAUGCGGAUAUCUUUCAAAGAAAUGUUAUGGCAAGUGGUGUUAUUCCACAACUUUCUCUUAUUAUGGGUCCUUGUGCAGGUGGUGCUGUCUAUUCACCAGCAUUAACUGAUUUUAUAUUUAUGGUACGUCAAACAUCAUAUUUAUUUAUAACAGGUCCUGAUGUUGUACAAUCAGUAACAAAUGAGACAGUUACACAAGAAGAACUUGGUGGAGCUAAUUCUCAUAUGAUUAAAAGUGGUGUAGCACAUGGUGCAUAUGAUAAUGAUAUUGAUACACUUUUACGUACAAGACAACUUUUUAAUUUUUUACCAUUAUCAAAUCGAGAUACAAAACCAGUUAUUCGUCAAAGUGAUGAUAGUCCUGAUCGUCUAGUCUAUUCAUUAGAUACAGUUGUACCAUUAGAAUCAACAGCUGCUUAUGAUAUGAAAGAAGUCAUUCAUGCAAUAAUUGAUAAUGAAGAUUUUUUUGAAAUUAUGCCUGAAUUUGCUAAAAAUAUUAUAAUUGGAUUUGGACGUAUGAAUGGUCAAACUGUUGGUAUUGUUGCUAAUCAACCAAAAGUUGCAGCUGGUUGUUUAGAUAUAAAUUCAUCUGUAAAAGGAGCUCGUUUUGUUCGUUUUUGUGAUGCAUUCCAUAUUCCUCUUAUAACAUUUGUUGAUGUUCCAGGAUUUUUACCUGGUACAGCUCAAGAACAUAAUGGUAUUAUACGUCAUGGUGCUAAACUUUUAUUUGCUUAUGCUGAAGCAACAGUACCGAAAAUAACAGUUAUUACACGUAAAGCUUAUGGUGGUGCAUAUGAUGUUAUGUCAUCGAAACAUCUCCGUGGAGAUAUGAAUUAUGCAUGGCCAACAGCUGAAGUUGCUGUAAUGGGAGCACAGGGUGCUGUUAAAAUAAUAUUUCGUGGAGGUCAUGACGAUGUUAAACAACGUGAAGCUGAAUAUGUUGAUAAAUUUGCAAAUCCAUUUCCAGCUGCUGUACGUGGUUUUGUUGAUGAUAUAAUUGAACCAAAUACAACUCGACAACGUAUUUGUCGUGAUUUAGAAAUAUUUGCUCAUAAAAAAUUAAAAAAUCCAAAAAAGAAACAUGCAAAUAUCCCACUUUAA